CCGGUUUGCGACAACAUCCGACCCGCGUUUUGGUCCAGUACGGUUCUGUGUGCCCAGCGCUUUCGGAGUGAAUUUGUGACAGACGGGUAAAGUGGAAUGCAGCAAUUGGUGAAAUAACUGGAGAGCAUUCCAGCAUGGCACGCGAUUUUGAAUAGUGCGAACACAAGCAGUGUGGGCUUUCUGCGGUGCGAAUUUACAGAACGCAUUGUGCGUGACGUCAUGGACAUAUAAUAUCGGAAGCUACUUUGCAACUGUAAUAAUUUAAGCAUUCUGACAAGAAUGCAUUGAAAACAGAGUUGAACACAAUUCGGUGUUGACGCCAAAAUCAGUGUCAAGGACCAACGAUUGUGUCCAAAUGUGCAACAAGUUACCGUGAUAUGGGAUUAUUGGAAUCGUUUUCGACAACACAUCAUGUUGGUCCAAGCUGCGUUAAAUGUUGUAACCGAAGAACGGUGGAAUAAGUGCAUAAUUAGCUGUGUAUAAUCUGCUGUAUGAAAUGCGAACAUACAUAUACUUAUAGACUUAUUUAGUGAAUAUAAAGUGUUCCGGAUGUUUGUGUGUGUAGACGACAUAAAUAAUAUACUGAAGUGCAUAUAACCAUCAGAACAUCCGAUAAAGCAUAACCAUCAAAUGACAUCCGAAACAAAUAGAACGAAGAAAUGCAGACACAAUUCAAACCAUCGAAAAUCAAAAGUGCUUCCGUUGACCAAAUGCAAAACUGAAUGCCUACAGUCUCAUUGACCUGGAAUGAAAUAACAAGAUCGAUAAGGAUUUUAAUUUAAAAUUAUCAUGCAUUUCACGGCGACCCAUGAUUGUGACCGAGUUGUUUAUUGGUGAGUUGCCAGUAGUGCCCGAGUGACGUCCAUCGAUUGAUUGGCCAUUUGUGGAUCAUCCCCAAACGCUGAGCACAACUCGCCAAUAUAAUCCGAACGCCGCCACACACACCCCCCGUGGAGAGAAAGAUGAAAGUGUUCGACGUGAUGAGCGGGAAAACGACAUCGGCACCCCACCCGCUGGACUUCAACUGGUCGUCGGAGCUGGUCAACGUGCACGUGGAAGGUGAACCCGUACGGGAAAUGCAUCUGGUGGCGCAAACAGCCGCACCCACCACCAGGGCGACGACAAUCGGAAAGGAAGUCAUCUCGCGCCGGUCUUCCCCCUCGAUUGCCAACUCCUGCUCCCGGCCGUCGUUCAAUUCGGACACGCAGGCCCCGGAGCGGAACCAACGGGUGACCAUGUAUGGUUGCGUCAUGUUCAAUCCGAAUUCAAGAGAAGGCCGCCGGUUGUUUAUGUGCCACAUACUCGUAGUGCUGCUGGUACCAAUCGUGGCCGUGGUGCUGCAGAACAGCAUCCUUAUGCGGCAGCAAAUGACGAAAUACGAGACGACCAAACGUGUACAUGAAGAGAUCCGAAUGACCAUCAACAUGACCGAGCUGGUGCGGGUCGUGCAGAAUGAGCGCAAACUUUUAACCUACUUUGUGCUGACCCGGAAGAACCGAACCGCCGUGGAGGAGGCUUUCAUCGACACGGAUCGAAUCCUGAGCGGACUAAUUGCGCUCAACCAGCAAUGGGACAUCGAGUUCAACGAGAGCUCCAACCAAACAAUCGCCGGAGAUUUGAGCGAAACUAGGGAUUUAUUGCUAAGGCCCGAUUCACCAGCAGAAGAUCUGAACAUUUCUGUUGCGGACUUCUUCGAGCCCUACAACGACCUUAAUCGGCACCUGCUGGAUCAAAUCAGCCAAAGCGUGGGGUACUCAUUGAGUGGAGUAGUUUGGCGACAACUCGUCGUGUACAAGAACUUAAUCGAAGCUAUAGAAAACAUCAACAUAGCCGCCAUUUUGGUUUUGCAGUUCAUCAAAAGAAGCCGCCUGGGCUUGGAUGACUUCUCGCAGUUUGUGCGGAGAGACGCCGCAGCCAUGGACCAUCUAAGAUCUGCGGAAAAUUUUAUGGAUAACCUUGAAAUCACAAAAAGCAAAGAAUAUGCCGUCUUGAGCAAGUGGCGGCAUCAAGUUAUGACAAAUUCGACUACUGUUGGUCGAGAAGAGGGCCUUGCUGAAUAUUACCAAUCCGUGAACAAGUUGAUCCAGGACAUGAUUGCCAUUCAGAAACACCUUCAGAAAAUGGUUUUAGAAACUGUCGACCUGGAGAUGGGUGAGGCUAGACUUUACCAAUCAAUCUCCAUUAUUCUUGUACUUCUGAUCGUCGUCGUCAGUCCGAUCCUAGUCAUUUUGGUUCGAAACGCUACUGACACAAUUCAGGAUUUCUCCAAAGAGCUUAUCACCCGAACCCUGGAGCUACGCUGUGAAAAGAGCAAAUCUGAUCGCCUGCUCUAUCAGAUGCUACCGCCGGCAGUCGUUCGUCAGCUGAAGCAACAACGCCAGGUACCGGCGGAGACAUUCGAAUCGGUAACGAUCUUUUUCAGCGACAUCGUGGGCUUCACGUACAUCUCGGCCGUCAGUACCGCGAUGGAGGUGGUUACCAUGCUGAACACACUGUACCGGCUGUUCGACACCAUCAUUCUGAAGUACGACGUCUACAAGGUGGAAACCAUCGGAGAUGCGUACAUGGUCGUAUCGGGACUUCCGCAGCGCAACGGAGACAAGCACGCGGGGGAGAUAGCGAUGAUGUCGCUGGAUCUGCUUUGUGGCAUUGCUGGCUUUAUCAUACCGCACAUGAAGAACCGCACCCUGGAGAUUCGCGUUGGGGUGAAUACGGGACCGUGUGUGGCCGGAGUGGUUGGGACGACCAUGCCUCGCUACUGUUUGUUUGGGGACACUAUCAACACUGCAUCCCGAAUGGAAUCCACUGGAGAGCCCAUGAAGAUCCACCUCUCGGAGAACACCAAAGCGAUCCUGGACAAGCUCGGUGGGUUCAAGAUCAAACGGCGCGGCACGAUCGAAGUCAAAGGAAAGGGAUCCAUGGAAACGUUCUGGCUGGUGGGGCACACCGCAUACGAACAUCUUUCGCCCGAUACGGUCAUCCCGAUCUACAAACCCGAAGUGGUGACCGAGCCGGACUUCUUGCAAAUCAUCUACUGACUGAACGACAACCCGGACAAUCUUUAAUCGGCCAGCAAAUUGAGGAAGCGUUCUGGUGGAAGGCACUUUUCGUGAAACGACUUGAUGUUAUCAGUGUGUGAGUGUAUUUGAGGUUUUCGAUGGUCACCCGUGGGGGGGUCGUUCGAAAAUUACGUCCAAUGUUUGAGUAGGGUUUGCAAUUUGAGACAGGGGGCGGGGGUUUUCUCCUUUCGUAUAACGUACAACUAGAAAAAACAAUACCUGAUUGCAUUUCAGCAACAAUUUGUUUAUCUACGGAAAAUAUUUAAAUUUACUAACACUGAAGUUAAUGCUCACUAUGUUACUGUACAAAUAGUGUACGAAAACGUCAAACCAUAAUAUAAAUGACAGAUGUACGUACAGAGAUGGAGGGUAAUUUGUGACAGAUUGUGACAGGAGAGGGAUUAAAAAUGUAGGAAAACGUUGGACGUAACGACCACGUGAAUGAUGUUUGUAGUCAAAUAUAGAAUCCGUAUGGGUCCAAUGCACUUGUUCCAAAUUGUAGGAGAAACGUAUACGUAGUUCUUUGAA